GUGGGGACUGUGAAUCGGUUAUAAGUUCACUUUUUAGAGUUUUAUGUCGAUUAUAGCCAAAUACAUUCGAUGAUUUUCAGCCCACUGAGCGGAUUAGCAAGCGGUCGAUACGUCUCCAAACACACGGCGAGGUUCUAAGAACAACGCGCUAAGAGACGAGUUUCCCGUAGCCAGCAUUCACCAUCCAUUUGAUUUGUUUAACUACCCAUUAGCGUUCAUAUCCUCAGAGGGUAAGACAUGGCUCGUACCAAGCAAACGGCUCGUAAAUCCACUGGAGGGAAAGCCCCGAGGAAGCAGCUGGCCACCAAAGCUGCGCGGAAGAGCGCGCCCUCUACUGGCGGCGUGAAGAAACCCCAUCGUUACAGACCCGGUACCGUGGCUCUUAGAGAGAUCAGGCGUUACCAGAAGUCCACGGAGCUUCUGAUCCGCAAGCUGCCCUUCCAGCGGCUGGUGAGAGAGAUCGCUCAAGACUUCAAGACCGACCUGCGGUUCCAGAGCGCAGCGAUUGGAGCUCUACAGGAGGCUAGUGAGGCUUACCUGGUCGGACUCUUUGAGGACACCAAUCUCUGUGCUAUCCAUGCCAAGAGAGUGACCAUCAUGCCCAAGGACAUCCAGCUCGCCCGCAGAAUCAGGGGAGAGAGGGCCUAAAGAAUCCGGGGUGGGGAGUUUCUUCAGGGGGAUGGACACCUUCAGUGGAGGCACAGAACCAAAAAUGUGCAUUGUACUUAAUGUUGACCCGUGUGCUUCCCUUUUUUGUGUCGUUAACUGUCAUCUGCACCUGUUUCAUAGUCGACCCCUGGAUAGCUCAUAGCUGGCAGCUGGCUUUCAUCUUGGGCUCUGAGCUCAGAGCGCAGUGCUUGCUGGCUGCUUGACACCUCUUAAGUUUUUUGCAUGUGGUGGGGUGAUGGGGUAACUGUUAAACUUUACUUUUGUUUUGUACUCUAUGCUAUAGUUCUCAGCUUGGAUGGGAGAUGGAAAGUGCAGGAAAGCUCCCUAAGAUAAGUCACCCACUAGUCUGCAACGGAAGCAGCUGCGGGGUGCAGAUGAGGCUAAGGGUCGGCUCUGAAGACUGGUAUUUUCUCCUUCCUUAGGAAGGCUGUGGUCAUUCUAGCUAAGGCAGUCUUGCAAUAAUCCAAGCCUGGCCCAUCAUUCUCUGGCCUCCCCUACACUCAUGCAGCAUGCUUCGUAUGCUGUUAAACUGGGCUGUUUUUGGUUAGUGUAAUUUCUAAGUGAAAGAAUGCAGACCUCUUGGGUACUGUGGCUGGAUUUUUUUUUUCUUUUUUUAAUUUUUAUUUUUGAACGUUUUUUAAUUCCAGUGUAAACUUUGGCAGCUACAAUUUUACAGAGGUGUUCCUGUCACAAAGUCUUUGUAUUAAAGUUCCUUCAAGUAACUGCA